ACAUGCUUCUUCUAUAUAUAAGGAGCCGACCCAUAGAAGUAACCUCCCCUUGAAAACUGAUAUAUUGUUGUCUUCCCAGCAAGACCCACAUUUUUCCAUGCCAAGAUUUCUGUCCUGUGAAAAGACAUGAACCAAAUUAGACAUAUUGUCUCUCUCAUUCCUCCAGUUUUUCUACUGAUCAUCCUUAAUCUCGAUUUACUUGAUCAUCGUGCUCUUGUUCGGGCUCAGCUCAGACGGUAUUCUCCGUCGCCGAACGAUGCAGAGUCCAACUUCCAACCGAGCUUAGCAGUCGUUAUAGGGAUUCUCACCAUCAUGUUCGCCCUCACCUUCAUCCUCCUCAUCUACGCCAAGUUCUGCCACCGGGGCAGGUGGGUCCGUGAUUCCUACGCAGGUAACAACAACAAUAACAAUGCUUUCACGAGGUCCAGGCGGUUUUCGGGGAUUAACAAGACCGUGAUCGAGUCCCUUCCUUUCUUCCGGUUCUCCUCCCUCCGUGGUUCCCGCGCUGGGCUUGAGUGCGCGGUCUGCCUGUCAAAGUUCGAGGACAUAGAGAUCCUCCGGCUCCUGCCCAAGUGCAAGCACGCAUUUCACAUUGACUGCAUCGACCAUUGGCUUGAGCGGCACUCCACCUGCCCCAUCUGCCGCCAUCGGGUAAGCCCAGAUGACCCAAGCAUCUUUGCCUACUCCAAUAGCAUGCGACUGCUUAACUCGAGCCACUCGGAGAGGAUUCAGGAUCCAAACAGCCUCGAGAUCUUCAUUGAACGAGAGGAGGAAAACACGAACGGGAACGGAUCUUCAUCAAGAUUUAACGUCGGGAUAGAAAGUAGUUUCCGUAAACUCUUCAAGGGUUCAAACAACAAGAACAGUAGCAAUGACAAGGAUGAGGAGAGCUUGAUCAACCAAGAAGAAGCCAAUCAAAAGAUGUUGCACAAGUUCAAGCAUAGGAUUGUUGUGUCUGAUGUUGUGUUCCAGAAUCGAUGGAGCAACGUGAGCUCCUCUGACUUGAUGUUCUUAAACUCCGAGAUGCUUAAUGCAUUCUCGAGCGACCGGUUCUCAGCCCUGGAACCUUUCGAGGGGAACACCAACAUGACAGCCGAUCACAGGGUUGAGAAUGACAGAAAUCAAAUAGGGAGGAUCAAGGAGGAGAUGGACAGGAAGAGGCUGUUUGAGAGCAAGUUGAGCUCAAUCAAUAAAACCGGCCUAAUCUCGGGUCCUUCUACGAGGCCAGUAGCUGACACUGGGAAUCAGUUAUCGCCCACAAAUGGUUCGAAUAUCAUUUCUGAUGUGGUAAAGAGGUCACAGUCGGAGAUCACAGCGGUCUCGAGGUUUGGGGAUUCGAAUAUAGGGAAGAGUGGGAGAUACAGUGGAGGGAAUAGAAAGGAGGACAGGAGGAGGCAGCUUUGGCUCCCAAUUGCAAGAAGAACAGUUCAGUGGUUUGCUAACAGGGAGCGACGGUCUCGCUCACAUCAGGACUCUCCGGAUGUUAACACAAUGAGGCAGACACCCGAUUCGAUUGCUGUGUAAAUCCUCCUUUCUCACGACACAUACCGGUAGCAGCAAAGCCUGAACUUUCAGACUGGCUUUUCGGUUAUGCGAUCUAUACCAAUGCUUAGAUUUGUCCUAGUUCCUUUUUGCCCGAAAUACAUACAUUUUUCUACUCCAUAUUUUGUCGAUUACAGAAUACGAGCUUUGAUCUUCAUUUCACCUUUUAAAUUAACCGUUUAUCCUCUGUAAAAUUUCUACUAGACCAAUAAGUGGUUGGGUUUGCACCCGGUCCAAAAACUUGCUAGUAAGACCACAGCCAUAUGGAUAUUGAUGAUGUAGCGGCUCAUGGGAAGAACGGAGGAGCAGACGCAGAAGUGAUUAGUGAUCAGUAAAUUAUUUAUUUGUAAGAAUAAUUUUCUCAUAAAUUCACAAUCUGCGCUGAUGAAUGAUUUUGAUCCAA